CACAGCCUGAGCUCAGGAGGGUUUAGGAGAGGGUUUAGGGCUGCACUGAGGGACACAAACAGGAGCACAGGGUUUAGGGCUGCUCCCGGGGACACACAGACACAAUUCUUCCACAAGUCCCCUCAGUGUGGGAAAGCACAGCUUCCAGGAGUUUGGAGGGAUUUGUGUCCAGAUGAGUGGAAGAAGCCUGUUUGUACUUACAAGCUGCUCUGUUGUCUCGUAGCCACUCCUGACAUCACUGGGCACAAGAGGAGUGAGAAUAAAAACGAGGGCCAGGAGGCCCUGAUGUACUGCAAGUCCGUGGGCUUCCCCCACCCCGAGUGGGUCUGGCGCAAGAAGGUCAAUGGGGUGUUUGAGGACAUCAACAACUCCUCGGGCAGGUUCUUCAUUUCCAACAAAGAGAACUACACCGAGCUGAGCAUCACAAACCUGCAGAUCAACGAGGACCCCGGCGAGUACCAGUGCAACGCCACCAACCAGGUGGGCUCCGUGUCGGUCACCACCAUCCUGCGCGUGCGCAGCCACCUGGCCCCGCUGUGGCCCUUCCUGGGCAUCCUGGCCGAGAUCGUCAUCCUGGUGGUCAUCAUCGUCAUCUACGAGAAGCGGAAGCGGCCGGACGAGGUUCCCGACGGUAAGUGCGCCCAGCGCCGCCUGUGACGGAGCACGGCCCCGCACCCACACGGGGCCUUGUGCAGCAAGGACCAGCAGCACACACUCCUGGCUUUCUCCUCUCUUCCCUCUCCAGACGUUGAGCCCAGAGGGUGCUGGAUUUCAGGGGGCUCAGACCGUGGGGUGGGAGGGGUUAUGGAUAUCUUCAAAGCUUUGUUGCAUGAGGGAUGGAGCGCUUCCCCCCCCCCCGUCUCUUUCCUGCCCCGAGGGCAGAGCUGGCAGCACCCUCACCUGUGGUGGAAUUCCCUCCUCCCCGUGGCCUCAGGGUUGGACACCGGGCAGGGGCUCUGAGGGAACAUGACACUCAAACCAAGGAAUCGUUGCACUUCAAGGAAUUGGGGCUGCAAAGGUGCUUCAAAACUAAAAUGUGCUCAGGGUUCAGACAUGGGGGGAGGGCUCCUACUCUGCUGUGUAGCUGAAUCUGUAGUUAAGGAAUGCUCUGGAACCUAUAUCUUAUUGUAGCCACUGAUUAGAUUUUAUAAAAAUAGGGCUUAUUAUCAGGUUUGAUGGUAGCAAUAAUUAAUUAAUUAAUUAAUGUGUUUGGUACAUACAACUAGUAGUAACUUUUAUUUAUGAGCUUCUCCUGCACACCUUUCCCUGUGCACAGCUGGGGAAAGGGGCAAUGCAAGGCUGAGUGUUUGCAAGAUCCGUGCUGAGAAGCAGCCUUUAAUGUGCUGCUAGCAGCUUACUCCAGUGUACAGCAAGAAAACCUCUGCAAGGACUCCUUGGGAGAAGGAGCAGUAGGAACA